AUAUACCUAAAGGAAGUUACAUAAAGCAAACAGCAACCGGCGGACCUCAGUGUUACGCGGUCUGGGGGAGAGAUACACGCUGCUGCUCGCCUCCACCAUGGCCUUGCCUCUCAAAGCUUCGGGCAAACUGGCUGCUAGGGGCCUGCAGUCCUCCCUGGUGGCUGCACUGAGUCGGCCAGCAGCCCAGACCUCCAUACGGGGCCUGCACUUCACCAUGGAUGGCAGGAGGAGCAGUGCCAAGGCAUCCACUGACCAGCUGAGUCGCGAUUACCCGGUAGUGGACCACACUUACGAUGCUGUGGUGGUGGGGGCAGGCGGUGCUGGUCUGCGGGCGGCCUUCGGGCUGGUGCAGGAGGGCUUCAGGACGGCCGUCAUCAGCAAGCUCUUCCCCACUCGCUCUCACACUGUCGCAGCACAGGGAGGCAUCAACGCAGCGCUGGGCAACAUGGAGCCGGACAACUGGGUGUGGCACAUGUAUGACACAGUGAAGGGGUCAGACUGGCUGGGUGACCAAGAUGCCAUCCACUACAUGACCAGAGAGGCUCCCAAGGCUGUCAUUGAGCUGGAGAACUAUGGCAUGCCCUUUAGCCGCACUCCUGACGGCAAGAUCUACCAGCGAGCCUUUGGAGGACAGAGCUACAACUUCGGCAAGGGGGGUCAGGCACACAGAUGCUGCUGUGUGGCUGAUCGCACUGGCCACUCCCUCCUGCACACCCUGUAUGGCCAAUCCCUCAAGUACGACUGCAACUACUUCAUUGAGUACUUUGCCCUCGACCUGCUGAUGGAGGAUGGGGAGUGCCGCGGCGUUGUAGCCCUGUGCCUCGAGGACGGCUCCAUCCACAGGUUCAGGUCAAAGAACACAGUACUGGCCACAGGGGGUUAUGGGAGGGCCUACUUCUCCUGCACCUCCGCCCACACCUCUACUGGGGAUGGGACAGCCAUGGUAGCACGCGCCGGGUUGCCCUGCCAGGAUAUGGAGUUUGUGCAGUUUCAUCCUACAGGUAUCUAUGGUGCGGGUUGUCUCAUGACGGAGGGCUGCAGGGGUGAGGGAGGAUAUCUGGUCAACUCUGAGGGCGAGCGUUUUAUGGAGAGGUAUGCGCCUGUGGCCAAGGAUCUUGCCUCCAGGGAUGUUGUCUCUCGCUCCAUGACUAUCGAGAUCAGGGAGGGCCGUGGGUGUGGGCCAGAGAAGGACCACGUGUACCUACAGUUGCACCACCUGCCACCUGAGCAGCUGGCCCAGAGGCUGCCUGGCAUCUCGGAGACAGCCAUGAUCUUUGCCGGUGUGGACGUGACCCGCGAGCCAAUCCCUGUCCUGCCCACUGUGCACUACAACAUGGGUGGCAUCCCCACCAACUUCAAGGGCCAGGUCAUCACAUACGAUGGCAAGGAGGACAAGGUGGUGCCGGGCCUGUACGCAGCAGGGGAGUCUGGCUGUGCCUCGGUCCAUGGUGCCAACCGGCUGGGUGCCAACUCCCUCCUGGAUCUGGUGGUGUUUGGCCGGGCUUGUGCUCAUGCCAUCGCUGCAGAGAACAAGCCAGGAGACACCAUUGGGGAGUUGUCAGGCGACGCAGGCGAGGCAUCUGUGGCCAACAUUGACAAGCUGAGGUUUGCUAGCGGUAAUGUGUCUACAGCUGAGAUUCGCCUCAACAUGCAGAAGACAAUGCAGAACCACGCUGCAGUGUUCAGGACUGGCGACGUGCUGAAGGAAGGCUGUGACAAGAUGGCUUCACUGUGGGGCAAGAUGGAUGAUAUUAAGCUGGUGGAUCGUGGCAUGGUAUGGAACACAGACUUGGUGGAGACCCUGGAGCUGCAGAACCUGAUGAACAACGCCCUGCAGACCAUCGUGUCAGCCGAGGCACGGAAGGAGUCAAGAGGUGCACAUGCCAGGGAGGACUUCAAGGACCGGCAUGAUGAGUUUGACUAUUCCAAGCCUCUAGAGAACCAGGAACCCCAGCCCAUGGAGGAACACUGGCGCAAACACACCCUGUCCUCUGUCGACCUCAAGAGUGGAGAUGUGAAGCUGUGGUACCGGCCCGUCAUUGACCACACCCUGGAUGACGUAGAGUGUGCCACCGUGCCGCCCGCCAUCAGGUCUUACUAGGAGGCUGGCACCGAUGCACAUCUGUCCGUCGCACACACAGUCAUUACGCAGUCUCAUCUUGCCAGCGAUUCACUGACUGGCAUGGAGGAGGAUCAAGAAUUAGGUGUUAAUGAGAAGAAUUGGACAUUAAUAAGAGUGGAAAUCAGGGAAUUAAGAGAAUAAUCCAGUGAAGGGAGGAUUAGUCAAGUGUUUCCUUUACCACUCUGCCCUCCUGGUGUGUCCUGGGAGGGAGUGUGUUGUGGCUUUGUGUGGUGGGGAGUGUUGGAGCAAGGCACACACACUAUGCUCAUUGUUAGGAGAGAACACUGCAGGAAUUAUUUAAAACUUGGCAGCACACUCACUCACUCAAGUUUAGUAGUAGUCGUGUAUAUUGAUGUAAUUGUUCUAGAAUUGGUUGUAGUUGUGUAUUUAAUAGUAGUAGUAGAGGUGUUGCAGUUGCUACUUGUGUAUUGGCUGUAGUACCAAGUAAAUAAAGCAGAUUAAUGCAAA